AUGCAGACAAUUGUUGAGUGCCUCAAAAUGGCAGCAAGUGGAAUACUGCCGCCAAACUCGGAUCGCGGGAAAUCGUUCGUCCACGACAGCAAACUUUCGGAGGAGCGAGAGGUCAGGGCGCAGAUCACGCUUAACUUCGAAACUCCAGCGAAGGAAACGAUUAGCGCUACCAGAAAUUACACUAUCACCAGGGACAAAAACAUCCCCAACAAGUCAACGUUCAAGGCUGGGGAGACCAUUUUACGAGUAAAACCACCCGUUGGGGAGGAGUCAAGAGUCAGCAUGAAGUGCUCAGAUCUGGAUUCAUCUAUGCCAUCACUGAUGGGACUGUCUAGGGCCUUUAUAGACAGCGUCAUUUUCUGCCACCAAGAUGAGAAUAACUGGGCACUUGACGACUUGGCCAAGGUCAAAGCCAGAUUUGACGACCUCCUGGAAACAUCACGCUACACCAAGGCCCUUUCCGCUCUCAACAAAGCAAGGAAAGAGCAGGAAGAAGCAAUUCGGCUUAAUGCUGCGAAAUUGGAAGCCACGAAAGGUCAAAUCAUCCAGAUUGCUGACAUCAAAAAACAGCUUAACGCAAACGUAGAAGAUGUCGCCAAGGCCAACGCCACUAUCGCAACGCUGGAAAAGGAUUUAAUCCGAUUUGAUGAGACGUGCAAGGCGCUGAGGGCAGAGCACGAAGCAGUGUCGGCCACUUUCGCAGCUCUCAGAGAAACUAAUUCAAACGUUGAAAGGCUUUCCGAAGAAAUAAAAACGAUGCAUCAAACCAUGAGCGAAAUAUACGAGGAGGGAUUGGAGGACAUGCACCACUACCACCUAACACUCACAAAUGAAUUGGAGGCUGCCGAAACCAUGCAUAAUGAAGUGACACGCACGAUCGAUCAGCUCAUGGAACGCAUGAAUAGUCUCCAUCAGAAAAUUAAUCUCAGUAAAAACAAGCUAACAAAUCGCGCUUUGCUUGAGGAAAACGUGAAAGUGACAGGCGAAGCUAAGACGUCCGUCAUCAUGGAAAUCAAGAAGGAAAUGGCGCUUGAUGGUGACACCGAGUUCAACGAGGAAGGCAUUAUGUUCUUCAUUGAGCAACUGGAUAACAUGAAGAACGUCGAUGAUCCGAUCAAUAAAGUCUUCAAGCAAUGCAAGGAAGAGAUCACGGACUUGGCUAAUAAAAUCCGGGAGCUCAACGAGCUUGAGGCCAUGCAGAGCUUAACCACCAGGGUUAAUGCUGAGGAAAUCGCCGCAGUAAAGAAGCAAAUAGCUUCUAUAGAACAGAUGCGUUCCACGCUGAAGCAACGGGAGGCCGUGAAACAAAAGUUGUUCCGACAAGUUGAUCGACAUCAACAGGUUUUAAAAGAUCUAAUCGAUGAAAAGGACAAGCUAGCAAUGUUGGCUUUGAAGCUCAAAAACGCGAUAACAGGCACCACCAUUGAGGAUGAAAAUGAGUUGAGGGCUGCUGUAAAAUUCUUGGAGGCCGUCGUUAAAAACGACCGGCAACUCAUCCUGACGUAUCUCAAGAACAAUAUAAGCAAAAAUAUAGACGAUUCGAACUUUGCGGACGUGCUUAGAGAUAUUUUUGGCAAAUACUUGAAAGGGGCAAAUCACCUUUCAAGUGAAUCGUCUAUUCCCCUGGAGAACUCACAGCAAUUCCAGCAGGACUGUGUUACUGCCGUUAUCCAAAUGAUAACCAACGUAGAAGGUAAACGUGCCUUAUCGGGAAAUAAUACGUUUGCAGGAGGUGAGUUGUGCCUCAGCGACGAAGUCAAGACGCACGCCGCUAGCCUAGAGCCGUAUAAUCCAUUGCUGAAGCUUGUAACCAACCUACGUAUAUCCGAAUACAUAGCAUACUACAAUGGCCUGCUAAACAAAGAUUCGGAAGCGUGCCCGGCGGAUGAUGUUUCAUACGCGGAAAUCAAAGUGAAGCUUGCCGCAAAGGAGGCCGAAAUUGCACAAGUCGAAUCUAGUGUAAAAGACACGAAUUCCUCUCUAGCAGAGCUAGAAGCCGAAUGCCAACAGCUUGCAGCAAAUAUUGGCCAAUUAAAGGAGUUGAAGGCCAAAUAUGCGGGGAUGCAGGCAAAUCAGAAGAAAUACAACGCAGAACUGCGAUCCAUUAGGAUCGCCUUGGAAAAAUCAAACGCAGAGCUUAAUACCAAGCAACAAGAAUUAGACGAUGUAAACAAGAAGAUAUCCGCCUCCAACACGGCAAAUGCAGUUAAAGCGGCUAAACUCACAGGGUUGUUGGAGCGCUACAGAGAAUAUAGCAUUAAACUGGAGCAACUAUUGAAGGAAAUCGAAACAUCGGGUGAAGAUGACCCUGCAGAAGACGCUUUACAAGCUGAAUUGAAUGGUUUGACCGAGAACAUCAACCGUAGUCGCGUGGAGCAAAGGGACCUGAUGAAGACGCUAAUGAACCAUCGCCAACUGCUUGAAAAGCUGCAGCAAAACAUUAACCUCAAGUUGAAACAAAAUCAACUCGACGAACAAAAACAACGCCUCGAUGCAAUACAACAGAAACUGGGGACUAGUAAGGAGGAGGAAAUCGCAAAGAAGAUCAAGCAGACCAGCGAACAAUGCACUAAAGUAAGUCUGGACAUCGCAACACUCAGGGGUACUGUUAUUACGAGAGAGGACAACAUCUCUAAACUUAAGCGUAUGCUUGAUUCCCCCAGCUUUAAGAAUGCGCACAAGCAUUAUUCUGAUGCGCUUCUUGCGUACAAGUCACAUCAAUUGGCGAAAGAGGACCUUGAACUCUACACGAAGACGCUCGAAUUGGAAUUACACAAGUUCCACUCCGACAAGAUUGCACAAAUAAACAUCGUCCUCAAGCGUGUCUGGAGGGAAGUCUAUACGGGUACCAAUAUCGACUAUAUUGAGAUACAAUCGAACGAUGAAACUACGGUUGCGAGCACGGGGUUGGCACCAAGGUCCUACAAUUACAGACUGGUGAUGGUCACGCAUAGCGGGGUGGAGAUGGAUAUGCGAGGCCACUGCUCGGCCGGGGAACGCGUUUUAGCCUCUCUGAUUCUGCGCAUCACGCUUACAGAGUCGUUUUGCUACAACUGCAACAUUCUCGCUUUAGACGAGCCCACGACUAACCUCGACAAGGAUAACAUUGUGGUGAGUUGA